AUGCAUAGAAACUUACCGCAAAACAAAGAAGCCCUUUUAAAAUCUUACACAACACGACUGAAAGAAGAUGUUAAAAGCAUGCUUGAAAAUUUUGAAGAAAUCAUUAAACUUGCAAAGGGUGAAAAUGAUUCACAGCUUAAUAGAAUGACGCAAAUUGAGCAAGACACAUAUGAGAUGCAAGUUAGAGCAGCUAAUAUUGUUAGAGCAGGCGAAUCCCUAAUGAAGUUAGUUUCAGACAUUAAGCAGUAUUUAAUACUCAAUGACUUCCCUUCAGUUAAUGAAGCAAUAACACAAAAUUCCAAACUCUUCCGCACAAAACAGCAAGAAUGUGAUCAAAAACUGAUGUCCCUCAGAGAUGAUAUAGCUGCCGAUUUAUAUGAUUUAGAAGACGAAUAUUUUACAAGUAUUUAUAAAUAG